AUGUCAACGAACAAUUAUACAGACCCGAGUCAUGUCUCGCAGCCAACCUGCAACACGCACUCUCAUGACGAAACUUCCACUCUUUUGAACCACGAACAGACUCCUUCUCUCGAAUCUCAGUCGACCAAAAAUACCCCUAAAACUCCUACGCCGCUUCCUUACGCUCAGCUCGCGUGCCUCUGUCUUGUGCGCACUGCCGAACCCAUCAAUUUCACUCAUAUCUUUCCCUAUGUCAAUCAAAUGCUUGCGGGAAUGCACGUCACGGACGACCCGUCUCGCAUUGGUUUCUAUAGUGGUGUAGUUGAAAGCGCUUUCGCUGUGGCCCAACUCUGUUCAAUCUACCAGUGGGCUCGUCUCUCCGAUGUCAUUGGGCGCAAGCCCGUCAUCCUGGCGGGCAUCUUGGGGAUGUCCAUCGCCUCUCUCUUCUUUGGCCUGUCAAAAAGUCUCGCAGGCGUGAUUCUUGCCCGUUGCCUUGCUGGACUCGCCUCCGGCAAUGCCGCCGUCAUCUCCUCCGUCUUGGGAGAGCUGACUGACUCGACGAAUCAAGCCAUCGCCUUCCCGAUAUAUGGCCUCACUUGGCCCGCUGGCGCUAUCAUCGGACCGUUGUUGGGUGGCGCACUCUCGAACCCUGCCGCCAAGUUUCCCAGCUUGGCGAAUAACGAGUUCCUCCGCAUGUAUCCUUAUUUCCUUCCUGGCUUUGUCGCGGCCACCGUCUCUGUAACAGGUGUGGUAUUUGGUUAUCUCUUUCUCCAAGAGACCUUACCGAGCAAGCGCCAAAAGUCUGAAAAGUCCCCGUCGCUCUUCGAGGAGACACCUGCUUCGCCGGCUACUACCACUGCUGAUUGCUCGAAGGCUGAACCUCCAUGUGUCAGGACGUUAUUGUCAAUUCCCACCAUCCGCGUUAUGAGCACCUCUGGUCUUUUCCUCGCAUUCGCAUCCACCGCAUUCGAUGUAACUUUUGUCCUUUUCUGCUAUACCCCUAUCCAACUCGGUGGUCUCGCAUUCACUGUACACCAAAUCGGCUACAGCCUCGCCGUCUCCGGCUUCGUCGCUAUCCUCCUCCAAAUCUUCAUCACGCCCAUCAUCCUCGCUCGCUGCGACCUCAUCCGUGUCUACAACACCUGCAUGAGGCUCUGGCCCUGGGGCUUCCUCGCCAUGCCUUUCGUCAACCUUAUCGCUCGUGCGGGCCUCGCGCAAGCCGCGGUGGAUAAGAAGGUGCAGGCGUUGGUGUGGUGUGGCGUCGCGGCGGUGCUGGCCUUCACGAGGGCUGCGUGUCUUGCGUAUUCAAUUAGCAUGAUUCUCGUCAAGCAAGGUGCACCCAAGGGAUGUCUCGGAGUGACGAACGGUAUCGUCCAGUUCUCGAUGUGUUUCGCCAGAGCGUUCGCCCCCGCUCUUGCCAGUUCAGUCUUCGCCUUCUCCCUCGACUCUAAUAUCUGUGGCGGAUAUCUGUGGGUCAUCGUCAUGGUCGCUAUCACCGGAGCCGGGACUAUCCUCUCUGGAAGUUUGGAACGGAGCAGGAAGCUGAUAUACGCGGAUGGUGCGAAUAAUGGCGCGGAGGGUGAGGUCGCGGCGUUGGCUUUUGAGUAA